GUAAAAAUUCAAUGUAAAGAGAGUUUUGGUUCAUUUGGAUCAUUUAAAGAAGAUUUUCCAUCAGAGUUACAUGGCGUAAUGAGUCCUACAGAGUAUACAGAUGUUAUCAGAAAUAUAAAUGAAAAUUGUAAAGGAAAGUUCAAUAAAUGGUUUCUACUGUUUUUGCUGGGCCCCAUUGCAGGUAUUGUACUAUUUAUUGUCGGAGGUGUUAAAUUUAAAAAAAUCCAAGAUGAACAAGGUGAUUUAUCACCUAGUAAUGCAAAUAGUUUUAAACCUGGUUUGCCAUUUUUCUAUUUUAUCAUUGGUGCUAUUCUUUUAAUUUUAGGUAGUUGUUUCUUAGGUUUUGCAUAUUGGUUAUUUAAAAGAAAGACUAUCGGUAACAUUGAUGAAAUUUUAAUUCAAAUAAACCAAAAAUAUGUACAAAGACAAAUAAAAUUUGAAUUUAUCACAGAACUGGUUGAAAAACCAAUACCUGAUUGGGAAUAUAACAACAAUAGAAACAAUCAGGCUUAUAUGAACCAAGUUAAAUAUGAUUCACAAGGUUGUCCCUGUAAAAUGGAGGAGAUAUAUUAUUUAGGAAUUAAUUUCAUGCCACAAAAUAUGCAAAAUAUGCAAAAUAUGCAAAAUAUGCAA